AUGGAUGAGUUAAUUCAACAGGACCAUCUCAUGGAAGAUGAAUUCAUCGAACAACAAAUCAACCAAGAAGAGUAUCAAGGGUCAUCUGAUUCAGACCAUGAACAAGAGCAAUAUCAUGAAGGUAAUGAUGCUGAUGGGUAUGAUGCAGAUGAUGAUGCAAACCAAGAAGAGCUACAACAAAAUUGCAGACCAACAAGAGAGAUGACAGUAGAACAGAAAAGAGCAAUUGUUGAGGAGAUUAUGUUGCACAUGGAGGGGGACUCACUGCCAAGAGGCUUUUUAGCCAAUUUGGCAAGAAAAUAUUCAGUGCACAAAUCUACAACAACAAGAUGGUUUCAGGUAAUAAAACAUUCUCUAGCUCAAGGUAUUGUUGUUGAUGUUAAUACAAAAAAAUUAGGCAGGACAGGACGCAAAGCAAAACAAUACACAGAUGAGUUUAUGACAUCUGUACCAUUGUACAAAAGAACAACUGAAAGGGGAUAUGCUGGUGCACUGAAAAUACCCAAAACAGCAUUGCAUAGGCUAAGGCAGCAAGGCAGGCUGAGAACACACACAAGCACAAAUCACCGAGCAUUGACAGAGAAGCACAAAGUGGCAAGACUUAAAUGGGUUUUAAGUUUAAUAAAUCAUGUUCCAGCAAUUGGGGACCCAACAUUUAGUGAUAUGCAGCAAUGGAUACAUUUAGAUGAGAAAUGGUUCUACAUCAAUCCAGAAACAAGAACCUUUACCUACUUCCAACAGAAGAUGAUCCAUACAAGGCUCAACAAUCAAGGAGGCCUUUUUCCUUUUGUAAAGUAUGAAAGAGCCAAAAAGAAAAGCAAGAACAGAGAUGCAGGGACUCUAGAGACAAAGGCAAUUCAAAGUGUCACAAAAGAAUGCAUAAGGGAGAUGCUGCUAACACAUGUUAUCCCAACAAUCUAUGAAAAAUGGCCACAGCAGUUACCAAAGGACAUAAUCAUCCAAUGGGAUAAUGCUAGGCCUCAUCAGGUACCAAAGGAUGAAGAAUUUCAAGCAGCUUGUCAUGCACAUGGAUUCAACAUUCAAUUCAUAUUCCAACCAUCUCAGUCACCAGAAACAAAUGUUUUAGAUUUAGGGUUGUUUAGUGUCAUUCAAUCAUUACAAUAUCAAUCUUUUCCAAGGAAUCUAGAUGACUUAAUCAAGGAAGUGGCUAGAGCAUUUCAAGAAUUUGAUCCUAUACUAAAUAAGUACACAUGGAUCACACUUCAAUCAUGCCUUAUUAAGAUUCUGGAAAAGCAAGGGGGUAAUAACUUCUCUCCCCCACACACGAAGAAGAGAAGCUUGGACAGCCAAGGACUAUUACCACAACUACUUGAAGUAGACAGGGAUCUAAUAGGUCAAGUUGUCCAUUUUUUGGACACAGUCACAAUUACAGGAGAUGAUGAAGGGAACAUGGAAGUAGAUGCAGACUGA